CUUGCAUCAAUCCAGGACUUCGGUUGACCCGAAACCAGAGCAAUAAAAUGGCAGUCCAAAGGUGAUCACACCCCAUAUCCCAUGUCAACCAAACGCAAAAGAGCGCCCACCAGCGCUCACAGCACCCCAUCAAAGCGCGCCCGAGCGGAGGAGUUAGAUGAUAUAUAUACCUUCCCAGACGAUGAGAUUACGUCCACCACCAGCACUCCCUCGAAACGCAGUGCAAAUAACAAAACAACCCUCAAGAUCAAUGGCGCAAGAACACCCAAGAGAGACUCGCUUGCGCAAACGCCUAAAUCUAAUCGGAACGUAUCCCUUUUCGAGACGCCAAGCAAAGUACGCUUCGAAGAUAGGCAAGACGUGCGAACAUCCAAUUCAUCUGUGAACGCUGAUCGCUCGGCAAGAAAGAAAGCAGCAGCCAGAGUCAUAGAGAGAUCAAUAACUGGGGGUGUAGGAAGUGAGGAGAAUGUCUCGGACGAUGAUAACCUGGCAAAGGAGAUUCUUAGUGAAGAUGACGAAGAAGAAAGAAAAGGGCAGCAAGAGGAUGUCGAAAUGGGUGUGGAACCAGAGACACCAGUCAAGCGAGGUCGAGGUAGACCGAAGGGUAGCAAGAACAAGCGCUCACCCACGCCCGAGCUGGCCAACCUGCCUGCACAUGAGGUAUAUUUUUGGCAGAACAGGCCUGGCGCGGGUAAAACGUCCAACAACACAUUGGCGUCGCAUUUGCUGCUAAACCAUGAUGAAUACUUCACCUUCCGACAGGCUCAUGUGGAGCCGCAUCAGGAGGAGAUAGAUUUUCUACUGAAGCUGCAUAAGAGUGCUUUCCCGCAGUGGGUUUUUGAGCUGCAGGAAGGCUUCAACCUGUGCCUAUUCGGCUAUGGAUCGAAACGACAUGUCUCCCAGGCGCUGGCAGAAUAUGUCUCAGAACAUGCGGAGAAGCCACCCAAAAUUGUGAUUGUAAACGGCUACAACCCUGCAUUGACUCUAAGGGACAUCCUCACAAUGGUUGCAAGCACACUAUUCCCGAAGAACGUUAAGCUUCCUAUGCACACGACCGCGUUGCACCAGCUUAUCUUGGAGACCCUGACCUCGAAACCGCCUGACCAGCCCGUGUACUUGAUGAUCAACUCAAUAGAUGCUGCACAGUUGCGCAAGCCACUCAUCCAAAGCACGCUAGCAUCUUUGGCAUCGCAUCCAAAACUGUGUCUAAUUGCCACUGCAGACACCCCGAACUUUCCCUUGCUCUGGGACAUUAGUUUACGGCAACAAUUUCGAUUUCUGUUUCAUGACAGCACGACAUUCGCACCAUUUGACGGCGCGGAAAUCGACGUUGUGGAGAGUGUCAACGAGCUUCUUGGCAGGAGUGGACGCAGAAUAGGCGGACGUGACGGCGUUGGAUAUGUACUCAAGUCGCUACCCGAAAACGCGCGGAAUUUGUACAGGAUUCUGGUUGCGGAGCAAUUAGCAGCUUCAAUUGAUGUAGAUGAUCCGGCCCUGGGUGAUGACGGGGACGACGACAUGGACACUGCCACUGGCGGACAGCGCAGGGAUUAUGAAGAUGCUGGUGUAGAGUACAGAGUCCUGUACCAUAAGGCUAGGGAAGAAUUGGUCUGCAGCACAGAGCACCAGUUUAGAACUUUGCUCAAGGAAUUCUACGACCAUCAGAUGGUCGAGAGCAGACGAGAUGCGUUGGGAGCUGAAAGACUUGUCGUACCAUUCAGGAAGGAUGAUCUGGAAGGACUGCUCGAAGAGCUCGUCGAAUAGAAUGAAGGUUGACAUUCUAGCGACGACUAUGAUCCAAAACUCUCGCAAUAUGAGUAACACUCACGAUGUCAUGCAGGACUGUUGAGUUUUAGCUCCUUGUCAUGCAAUCUCAAAAUCUUCAAACGUCACUUCCAACGGCAUCCCAUUUCGUUCCCCCUUUGGAUCUGGCGAACAACAAUACACGCCUAACCACGCUUCUGUUUCUCCUCUCUCG